AUGGUGCGAACAGAGACUCUUCUCAGCGAGUACAUCAAUUUUAGUGACCAGAAUGCUGGCUUGAGCGAUGCAGAACUCACCAACAAAGAGCUCAUGUUCUACGGCGCUGCAGCAGUCAGCCAUCUCUGCAAUGAGCAAGAACAAGGAAUCAACAUUGAUGAGAAUCUUCGUCAAAGUGAUCGAUUCCGAUUCAUCCGAGAUUUGGACAUUAUCUCAUCAAUCUACUCAAUCGCCCCGAUAAGCAAGAAAGCGGGGAUCAAGUCAACGCCGCCUGUUAUUGCUUGGUCCGAUCGCCUUCAGACGGUCUUUCUCGGCUUCUGUUGCACCCGCAGCAUGAACGAUGUCCGUUCUGAUUUGGACGUGCGCUUGGCAGCGUCUGAUGAUAUUGGAUCGCGAUUCCAUAAGGGCUUCUGUGACAGAAGUGAGGAGUUUGUGCCACUUGUUGAAUGGCUUAUGAAGAGGCACAAGUUGGUUGUUUGCGGCCAUAGCUUUGGAGGCGCUCUGGCGACUAUCUCGUCUUACCUGGCCAUGGUCAGCCACAAUCCCGUUCCCAACGCCUGGGAGCAGAGACAGGGCGGCAUAUCCAUCAUCACAUUUGGAGCACCGUCGUGUAUGGUCGCUGAACCCCUAGGAACAACAGUCUCCUUUCAAGUGAACCUGAGUGGCAAUUUCCACCACGUUGUCAAUCCUCAUGACUACGUUCCCUUCGCACUCAACGAUAGCGCGAGGAAAUUCAAGCAGACCUUUGAUGCUCUCAGAACACCGCUGGGAAACCUAUCACCCACGAUCCAAAUGUUAUGGCCUAUUCUUGAGUAUCUCUUAGACCUCUUGUUGCAGCACACGGGCAAAUUCUGCCACUUCGGCUGCAUGUAUUCCAUCACCGCUGAGGAAUCAGGGAUCCAGAAUUGUGUCCAAACUCUACGAGUCAAUGAUAUUCCUCAGAUCCCGAGCGCAGGCCAGGUUGACCGAUACCACAAGAUGUCACACUACUUCCAUUGUGUCAAGAACUCUGUUGGUGCCAGACAUUUACGGCAGACCUCAUUAGAACUGCAUCAUUCGGUCUCCGAUGUCUCAUCAAUGAUACUUCCGAUGCCCGGAACGGUUACCAGUUGCUCCUGCGUGGUUCACAGCGAUCACUUGAUUGUAUCACUCGAUGUCGAUACGCCUGUGAUGCAAUAUUUAUUGAAAGGAGCAACCUUCAGGAGUAAUACCCGAGAAGUUCCUCUUACGAUUCUUGGCUUUCCUACGAAGUCUGACCACUACCAAACAUCUGUUAAACUUGAAUAUCGAAUCAAGGACGAUGACCCCUUUGAAGACAUUGGAAAGGCUUCAAUCGCCAUCCAGGAAGGCAUCACUCUUCAUGAUAUCUUUGGGCGAUCCACAGACCUCGAUGUUGAUACCCUAAGAUCGAUGAGCCUUGACAGAGCUAGUUUACCAGCGACAUUUGAGAGCAUCAGAUUAGCAAUGAUACGUGCGCUUGUUGCCCAAAUGUCAAAGGUCCAAGCCCUCAGAACUGAUAACACCUCCCGCGAUGCUCAUCCUCCAGAAGAGGUCAUGAGAAUUGUCGACGACAUCAAACCGGUUGUGGGAUGCAUCGAUGGUCUGGUCCGCGAUGCAAGUCCCCAUCUUGUCUUUAGUCGCCUUGGACAUGCAUUUACCAUCCUGAAAGCGCUUUGGCCGAAAGACUUUGAGAUUGGAUCCGAUUUCCAUGCUUCCAUGCCUGGCGCGUAUGGAGAUGGAGACUCUGACGUUAGCCUUCUUCUUGAUAUACCUGCCGCUUGCCCUGGAGCCCUUAGAAGGCUUAUUACAGAUAUGGUCAUCAGCCAAAACGCCCCAAGCAUUACCCGAGCUGAACUACUUGUCCAAAACUGGGAAGCCGCCAAGAGACCGACUUUGUCAAAGCAAUUUAAGAGUGUGCCAACAUUCUUUGGAGCUCUCAAGACAUUCAGCCGUGAUCUAUACCAUCGCUCAACAGACCCUGCAAGGCGCACAGAGCAAGCAAUCUCCCAGUUCCAAGAUGUCAUGGGUGUCAUCCAGUUCUGUCAUCUUGUCAUCAUCACGCAACUUGACGCACCGUAUGAAUGGUACUGCAAAUCCACUGAGGGCCAUCGAAUCACCUCUGCUGCUCUGGGUGCCUUGCCGUCCUAUUUUUCUGGGGCCUCAUUAUUUUCCAGGGUCCUAGCUCUGGGCGUGGGAGCGACUUCUGCUGCUGGACUAGGUGUCAGUGGCGGUAUUGCUGUGUUGUUUGCUAGCACCAAGUUCAUCGGCCAUCUUCUCAACAGGCACAAAACGUAUCUCGAUCUGUCUUUUCCUGGUGUCCUAGCCAUCACCUUGCUGGCGCUUGGCCUACCCAUCGCCGAGUCCGAUGAUAUAGUGGAGAAGACCCUCCUCGAUCGUGUGAAGCAGGAUAUUGCAAGCUCUCAUACGCAGGAAACGAUAGAUAAAUGGAGAGGCAAACUCGAAGAGGGCUUGAAAGAGUAUCCUGGUGCCAAGGCCAAUCAGUGGUGUAUUACACCUACCUUCUUCUGGCCUAAGUGGCUAUUCAGUGUUGCCCAAGUCGCUCAGCUCCGAAUUCAGCUCUCGGACAAGAUCUGCAUCGGAGUUCAGGGCUCCACGGAAGCUGGUAAGAGUCAGAUGCUCACUGUUCUGACCGGUGCAUCAGAGGACUACUUCAAGCCUGGCUCCAGCAGUCUUUGCAGAACUUUGGGCAUUCAAUCUUACGACUCCAGUAAUCUUGGAGCCAUUUUUCUUGAUAGUCCCGGUUUUGACGAUCAAAAGCCAGAGAUUAAAUACAUGGCCGACGUAUUCCAAGAGCUUUUUGCCAUUGUAAUCAUUGUGAUCCCAAUGGAACGAACACGAUCUGAGGCAACUGAAAGCGCCUUGCACAUAGCUAUUAAGCUGCUCCGUGACCAAGAAGAUAAGCGCCCACUACGGAUUCUACUAAGCCAGGCCGAUGGGUUGGAUCACCAUCGCAAUAACAAGCAGAAGUUUAGGGACACAUUACGUGAUGUUAAGGAGCAGUUCAUGUCCAGAUUCAGGCAGGAGCUAGGCGAGAACUUUACUACCUUCAGACAGCAGCCGUUUCACGAUGGAAUCGUCUGCAAAUCUGAGAAGCUGGAGGAUAUCGUCAAGCCGUUUUCGACGCAUGCACAAAUGACUUUAGAUGGCAUUAGUGCUUUGGCAGAUUGUCCCCCCGGAACGCCAUGUAAGAUCGAAAGGGAGAGCCACUUCGAGAAUUUGUGCGAGUUGGCUGAUGCGGGAGAGAUAUGGGACAUUGAGUCGCUGCGCUCCUGGCUUCGGGAUCUUUCACCCAAUAGCGUGCCGAUGUCGAGUGGCCGUGUGCGGAUAUACUGUGAUUAG